GUCUGUCGUCGUAUAAAACCUCUAGUUAUUUUCGUCCAAUUCAGUUAUUGAGUACGAUUUACCUGGGUGCAAAGAAAUGAAAUGAAUAUUAGGUACAGCGAGUGAAUACAAGUACUGUUAAACAAUUUAUUAGAAUCGUCUUUUAAUACAGUCAAUCGGCGGAUUUAAAUUCAAAAUUGACAAUGAUUGAAAUAAUUGCUUACAUGAUUGUUGUUGUUUUUGUGAUGAUAUGGAGUUACUUCAAAUGGCACAAUAGGCGCUUUGAAAAACUGGCUGCUAGAAUGUCGGGGCCUCCUUCGUACCCGAUCAUAGGAACAGGAUAUCUAUUUACUGGAUCAUCAGAACAGGUGAUGAGCAAAAUCAUUGAUACCGUGAAAAAAUAUAGUCUAAAGCCAAUUAGAUUAUGGUUAGGACCAUAUUUUGCAGUUGUCAUCGCCAAACCGGAAGACGUACAAAUUAUUUUUAAUAGUUCAAAGGCACUUAAAAAAGACCGAAUGUACGAUUUUUUCAAGAAUGGUGUGGGCGAAGGUUUGUUUACUGCACCAGUUGAGAAAUGGCGGAAAAAUCGUCGCAUGAUCACUCCUGCUUUUAAUGCCAAACUUUUGGAACAGUUUUUCCCUGUGUUUAACGAAAAAAACAAAAUUCUUAUCAGGAAUGUUACAAAAGAAUUAAAUAAAACACAAACAUUCGAUCUCUGGAACUAUAUUGCACCAGCUGCUCUCGAUACAAUUUGUGAAACCACUAUGGGUUACAAUCUUGACACUCAAUCAAACAAUAAACAAUGUGAAUUUGGAGAAGCAAUUGUAAUAGGAUCAGAGUUGGACGCGUUGCGAAUUUACAAACCAUGGUUAUACCCAGAAUUUGCGUUUUCAAUGUAUUUAAGACUCAAAGGACAUCAAAAGGUCUUCGAAACAGUGAAAAAGUUUCCAUUGCAAAUAAUCAAGAAAAAGAAAGAAGAAUUUGACCAGAUAUCAAAAGAUAGUAAUGAUAAAGUAGGCGUAGCAAAAAAUGAAGACGAAAAACAUUCAAAACUGUUUUUGGACAUAUUGUUUGAACUGAACAAUAAUGGUGGACACUUUUCAGAUUCCGAUAUUAGAGAUGAGGUUGUAACGAUGAUGACUGGGGGUAGUGAAACCAGCGCUAUCACAGUCUCGUUUUGUCUUUUGAUGUUAGCCAUACAUCAAGAUAUCCAAAAUAAAGUAUAUGAUGAAAUUUAUGAUAUAUUUGGUGAAGGUGACCAAAUAGUAACUGUUGAAGACACUAGAAGACUAGUGUAUUUAGAACAAGUGAUAAAAGAAACUCUUCGAUUAUACCCUGCAGGACCAUUGAUUCUCAGAGAAACUCAAGAAGAUCUUAAAAUAUCUUCAAACGAUUACGUAUUGCCUAAAGGAACAACAUGUGUAGUAAGCAUAAUAGCCACACAUCAUAGUCCAGAUUUGUACCCGAAUCCUUGGACUUUUGAUCCUGAUAGAUUUAGUCCAGAAAAUGUAGCUAAACGUCAUAGAUAUAGCUUUAUACCUUUUAGUGGCGGCCCCAGAGGUUGCAUAGGAUCCAAAUAUGCCAUGUUGUCGAUGAAAGUUACCGUGUCAACAUUUUUACGCCAUUUUAGCGUACAUACAGACAUCAAAAUAACAGACAUUAAGUUAAAAAUAGAUUUGUUAAUGAGAAGUGUUCAUGGUUAUCCUGUUACAAUUCGACCAAGAGACAUAAGAUCGACAUAAAAACGAAAUUAUAAUCCACUUGGAUGAUGA